AAGGCUGCGCCGCUAGCACACUGUGAUUCAACUGGAGAAAGGAUAAAGUGUCCAAACACAGAGAAAAACUCCUGCUGAAGCGACUGAACUCCACACUGUUAUAAAGAUGGCGUUUAUUAAAGAGGAGAGUGAAGAUGUGAAGAUUGAAGAAACAUUCAGAGUCAAACAGGAAGAUCGGCAGGAACAAACAGACCUAAUUGAAGAGAAUGAGGGGAGUAAAGAGGAGGAACAUCAUGUCAAAAUUGAGGAAAAAACUCAUUUUCAGACUGAUGGUAUUUUGAAAAGGAGAGACAAGAAUUUUUUCACCUGCACUCAGUGUGGAAAGAGUUUUGGAAGACAAAGCAGUCUUAAAAUUCACAUGAGGAUCCACACUGGAGAAAAACCAUUCACAUGCACUCAGUGUGGAAUGAGUUUCAUCCAAUCAUCACACCUUAAUAAUCACAUGAAAAUCCACACUGGAGAGAAACCAUUCGCAUGCACUCAGUGUGUGAAGAGUUUCAGCAUAUCGUCAUCCCUUAAUCUACACAUGAGGAUCCACACUGGAGAGAACCCUUUCAAAUGCACUCAGUGUGGGAAGAGUUUCAGCCAAUCAGCACACCUUAAUGAACACAUGAUGAGCCACACUGGAGAGAAACCAUUCACAUGCACUCAGUGUGGGAAGAGUUUCAGCAUAUCAUCAUCCCUUAAUGGUCACAUGAGGAUCCACACUGGAGAGAAACCAUUUACAUGCACUCAGUGUGGGAAGAGUUUCAGCCAAUCAUCAUCCCUUAAUAGACACAUGAGGAUCCACACUGGAGAUAAGCCAUUCACAUGCACUCAGUGUGGGAGGAGUUUCAGCUGCUCAUCAUCCCUUAAUAGUCACAUGAGGAUCCACUCUCGAGAGAAACCAUUCACAUGCACUCAGUGUGGGAAGAGUUUCAGCAUAUCAUCAUCCCUUAAUAGUCACAUGAGGAUCCACACUGGAGAGAAACCUUUCACAUGCACUCAGUGUGGGAAGAGUUUCAGCAUAUCAUCAUCCCUUAAUAGUCACAUGAGGAUCCACACUGGAGAGAAACCAUUUACAUGCACUCAGUGUGGGAAGAGUUUCAGCCAAUCAUCAUCCCUUAAUAGACACCUGAGGAUCCACACUGGAAAGAAACCAUUCACUUUCACUUAA